AUGAUAUCCAUACGCCUAUUUGACCAUGACAAGGACUGGGAACUCCUUUGGCGGCAGAUGUUGGAGCCUGUGUUUCGGGCUGGCGACACCUACACAGUUCCGACGGAUGUGACGGAAGAGCAGGCAUACAAGAUGUGGAUCGAGACUCCACAGGCAACCUUUGUCGCUACCAAUGAUGGCGGUGCUCUGCUUGGAACAUACUACAUCAAACCUAAUCAACCUGGGUUUGGAAAUCACGUGUGCAACUGUGGAUACGUUACGGCAGAAAGUGCUCGAGGUCAAGGUGUGGCGUCACGCCUUUGCGAACAUUCCUUGCAAGAAGCUCCAAAAAGAGGGUUUCGAGCGAUGCAGUACAAUUUUGUGGUAUCCACCAAUACUGGAGCCAUUCGACUCUGGAAGAAGUUCGGGUUUGAGGAAGUUGGCCGAUUGCCCAAGGCCUUUCGAUACAAUGGCGACUACUUGGAUGCUCUCGUCAUGUUUCAACAGUUGGUGGACGACGACGAGAAAAAGCAAGACUCUUAG